UCGCCAAGCAUGAUGGAAGAUCAUUUGAAAGCUAUCAGCACAACUUUAGCACGAGUUGAGGAAAAGAUAGACCAACACGAAUAUGUAUCCCCUGAAACAACCAUGCUAUCAGAGCCUCCUCUCAAAAAAGCUAACUUUCAGACGGAUGGAGUCACUGUAACCAUCAAUGAAACUGUGUCAAUGCCACUCGAUCAGUGGCUGCACUGUCAAAGAGAAAAGAAAGAGAGUCUUUUUGUGCGGAGCAUGGCACUGGCUUUGUGGGGGAAGGAUACACUCAAGAACAGGUCGACAGAAGGACGGGUGUCGAAUCGGUUUAGAAAGCAACCUGAAGCUACGGCAAAACCCCAACUCUCACCAGAAAAAAUUGGUGUCCUAGAAGACUGCUUUGAGGACUGGCUCGUGAAGCGUGGUGCCAGUGGUCCAUGCUUGAAAGAAAGGUUGAACUCCCUGAAAGGCCACCUGAUUUCAGCUCUACUGGAUGCUGCAAGACCAGCAAAAGACACACCGACCACACCCACAAAUGCCACCUCAUAA